GCGCACCCCGACCCGAGGCCAUCAAAUUCCACGGCGAUCAGGACCGAACAGCGCCGCACCGUACGCACGGAAUCGCCGACGCGUCCUAUGGCCAGCCACGGCGACCUCUCCCCGCCGGCCGACGGAGGCUCCCAGGAGCUGAUUCCAGUCAUUUACCAGUCGCCAUACAGCAUGACACCGCAGGGUCCUCCAUGUUCAUGGCUUUUUUACUACAGGCCAGUUCCUCUCGGAGGUUUUCGGAGGCCCGUGUACGAAGAUGGGACGACAAGGGUGCUAUGCUUGAGCCAAAUGUUUUCCCCAGACCAGCUAGAAGACGACGAGUACUACCGAAAGCUUUGCCGGAGGAUGACGGCAGAAGGACAGAGAUCCGGCGGUAAACUCAGGAGGACCGUCGUCCCACGGCCAGACCCCAGCGGCCCUCCGGUCGCCGGAGUUGGCAAGGUGUUUCUGGCAUAUGCCGAUAUCGAUAUCGCAGCAUAUUCCAAGACGAUGUUGCAUUGGAUGUGGUUUGAGGGGAGGCAGGUGUUUGCUGUGUUCUAUCCUGAGGACAAGUUUGCUGCUGGAGAUUAUGAUGGAUAAAAUGGAAAUCUUACUUAUCUUUAUUGGGGAGAUUCAAUACCAAGAUUUAUGAUUUGGACAUGCAAGUGAGUUUAAUUCCUGACAGUUUUUCUUGCUUCCCCCUCAUUUUAUUUCCAUUUCCUAGCAGUUCUAGGUAAUUUCAUAACCUACCUCUUGGUAAGUCACCUAUCUACGAAAUGCAUGUAGUGUGUGUCAGAUAUAGAGUGAAAAAAGCACCACAAUGCAAGUGUCAGAUCCUAUUAUUGAUGCAAUUUUGCGACUCUGUUCUGGACUGUAAGCAACUGGUUAAUGUUAAACUGAAGGUCCAAUCAA